UAAAAUAACUAUCAAUGACACGAUUGACCCGGCUGUGUAUUAUCAGUAUUCAGUAUCUAAUAUGAAAUUAAUCUGAGUAGGGUAACCUAGUAAAUUCAUUACUCAAACUUCGUUUAUUGCUUCGCGCGGUUGUGGUUGUUAUAUUGUACGGCGCGUGCGCACUCGUUUAAAAUUUUUACAUAUAUAUCUACAUAUAGAUAAAAUGGGUGGUAAUUAUUCCGCUAUGGAUCCGAUGAAUGUGCCUGUACCCGAUCUAACAAAAUUAUUCGAAAGAGAUGGUUAUUUGAGGCCUUACGAAAGAGAAAUUCGCCGACGGUAUGCUUGCUUUAAAGACAUAUGGGAUAAAAUUGAAGCCUGGGAAGGAGGUGUGGAGGGCUUUACUACUGGAUAUAGAUAUUAUGGACCACAAUUUGGGGCAGAUGGAUCCGUCGUCUGGCGAGAAUGGGCCCCGGGAGCACAUUCGGUUCAUCUUCAGGGAGACUUCAAUGGCUGGAACCCAAAAAGUCACCCGUUUAGAAAACUAGAAUUUGGUAAAUGGGAGCUUCAUAUACCAGAGAAUCCAGAUGGCUCUUGUCCUAUCAAGCACGGAAGUCGCGUCCAGUUAAUAGUCAAUGACCAUUUAUACAGAGUGUCUCCAUGGGCGAGCUAUGUCAAACCAUUUGAAGGUUUUACGUACCAACAGUUUAUUUACAACCCAGAUGAGCCCUAUCGAUUCAAACACAAUAAGGUGGAUAGACCUGCUUCUUUACGUAUUUACGAGUGCCACGUUGGAAUAGCUACCAACGAAGGGAGAGUUGGAACAUAUGCAGAGUUUAAGGAUAACGUGUUACCUAGAAUUAAAAACUUAGGAUACAAUGCAAUUCAGUUAAUGGCUAUAAUGGAACACGCAUAUUACGCGUCUUUUGGAUAUCAAGUCACAAGCUUCUUUGCAGCUAGCAGCCGCUACGGCACGCCGUGCGAGCUGAAGCAGCUCAUCGACCGCGCGCACGAGCUGGGCAUCUACGUGCUGCUGGACGUCGUGCACUCGCACGCGUCCAAGAACACGCUGGACGGGCUCAACGAGUUCGACGGCACCGGCGCCUGCUACUUCCACGACGGGGCCCGCGGCACGCACUCGCUGUGGGACAGCCGCCUCUUCAACUACUCGGAAACUGAGGUGCUAAGAUUUUUGUUGUCUAAUUUGCGAUGGUAUCAGGAGGAAUAUCAAUUCGACGGAUUUAGAUUCGACGGCGUCACAUCCAUGUUAUACCACAGCCGCGGUAUAGGAGAAGGAUUUUCGGGCAACUACGACGAGUACUAUGGACUUAACGUCGACACUGAAGCUCUCGUGUAUCUCAUGUUAGCUAACGAGCUCGUCCACUCCAUCGACAAGAGGGCUAUUACGAUCGCUGAGGACGUAUCAGGAAUGCCAGCGUCCGGGCGACCAAUACGAGAAGGCGGAACUGGGUUCGAUUACCGUUUAGGUAUGGCAAUUCCGGACAUGUGGAUCAAACUGUUGAAAGAAGAAAAAGAUGAAAAUUGGAAGAUGGGGCACAUUGUCCAUACAUUGACUAAUAGGCGGUGGAUGGAGGGCACUGUGGCUUAUGCUGAGAGUCAUGACCAGGCGCUGGUGGGCGACAAGACCAUAGCGUUCUGGCUGAUGGACGCGGCCAUGUACACGCACAUGAGCACGCUGAGCGAGCCCAGCGCCGUGGUGGAGCGCGGCCUGGCGCUGCACUGCAUGAUCCGGCUCAUCACGCACGCGCUGGGGGGCGAGGCCUACCUCAACUUCAUCGGUAACGAAUUCGGUCACCCCGAAUGGCUGGACUUCCCACGCGCGGGUAACAACUCUUCGUAUCACUACGCGCGCCGACAGUGGCAUCUCGUAGACGAUGACUUACUCAAGUACAAGUUCCUCAACAACUUCGAUAAAGACAUGAACGCGCUCGAGGACAAAUACGGCUGGUUGAGGUCUAAUCCCGGCUACGUAUCAUGCAAACAUGAAGGCGACAAGGUGAUCGCGUUUGAAAGGGCAGGCCUUCUGUUUGUAUUUAACUUCCACCCCUUCCAGAGCUUCACAGACUACAGGGUUGGGGUUGAUGUAUCUGGCAAAUAUCAGGCUGUACUUUGUUCAGACAGUAAAAAAUAUGGUGGUUUUGGUCGUGUGGAGCCAGAUGGAGAGUUUCAUUUUACACAGAAUAUGCCUUGGGCUAACAGAAAUGAUUCAGUACAGGUCUACAUCCCUUGCCGUACUGCUAUUGUGUAUGCUCGCUGUGAAUAAAUAUAUUGUGAAAAGAAAA